UAGGUCCGUACUUACAACUCUACAAGCAAAUCUCCAAACCCAUCAAUGGAGAAAAAUAGUCACAGAGCAGACGAACUCGAGGUUACCCGAUGGCCGCAGUAGAAAUUACACAGCCCUACAAGAGAACAAAUUGCCCCGAUAUGACGAUAACGAAUUUGAGCUCGAGAUACAUCGGGACCACGCAUGUCGGAAGCGAAAUUGAGAAGAAAUUGGAGCUCAAAACGACGCCGUCCAAGAGGGCUAUGGAGGAUACGAUGUUCGUGGCCUUGGGAAGAGAUGCGAAGGAAAGUGAGUCAGUUUUGAUGUGGGCUUUGCAUAAUUUCAGUGGGAUGGGGAUUUGUGUGCUCCAUGUUCAUCAACCAGCUCAGAAGAUCGCCACGAAUCAUAUUGAAUGGAUAUUCGUUUCGUUAGAGAAAGAGGGAGCAGAAAGGACUUCAUACAGUCAAGUUUACUUAUUAUACUACAUUAUUCUCCAUUUUACAGUGGGUGGUGAAGUUUUGAUUAGUCCGAAUGAAGAACGUAUAGCCAAAGCACGUCAUGAAAUCGAGAAGCAAGAUAUUCAGAAGACGCUUGACAAGUAUAUUCGGAUUUGUGAACAGGCUGGGGUGCAAGCAGAUAAAAUAUGCGUGGAAAUGGACUCCAUUGGGAAGGGUAUAGUGCACCUCGUUGCUAAGCAUGGUAUCAAGUGGCUUGUCAUGGGUGCAGCUACUAAUGAAAAUUAUUCACGAAAGAUGAAGGAGCCCAUGUCUAAUAAGGCAAUCCAUGUACUAAAAGAAGCACCUGAUUUCUGCAAAAUUUGGUUUAUAUGCAAAGGAAACCUUAUUCAUACAAGGGAAUGUAAAAGUGAGACCGAGUCUCAGUCAUUUCUAGCAAAUCCAACUACUGAAGCUGUAGAGUCCUUGAGAUCACUCUCGGUUGGAGAUGGGGUGAGGGGUUCGAGAAAAUUGCAAAAUUUGGCAAUAAAUUAUCAUGGGGCCAAGUCUGACAUCCAUGGGAUGCAGCCUUUAACACCAAAUUCGGAAUGGAGCUCCGAUUGUGAAACCCUAUCAAGGAGAAGUCCUUCAGUAGGCUCGCGCAUUUCCACGUGCUCGUCCAGUGAAAUUGAAGAGGUGACCUCAACAUCCCCUCCAAUCUUUAAGGCGAAUGAAUUGGUUUCUGGGUUACCUAUAGAACAGAAUGUGAAUGAAUUGUAUGGGAGACUAGAGCUAUUUUUGGCAGAAGCCGAAAGUUCUCCUAAAGAAGCUUAUGAUGGAUCCAUCAAGCAUAAGAAAGCUGAGAAAGAUGUCAUUGAUGCCUUUCGCAAAGCCAAAGCAUCAGAAACAAUGUAUGCAGAGGAGCUAAAAUGCAGAAAUCAGCUUGAAGAAGCCCUUGACAGAGGUAAAAAAGAAGUUAAGAAGAUGAAAAUGCAACUAGGUGAAGUCAUGGAAGAGCUCAGAAUUGCGCAAGAACACCAAUCCUCCUUAGAAUCCCAAAUUGCCAAUUCAGAUAAAUCAGUUGAGGAUUUGAAACAAAAGAUGUUUUCUGCCGUGGAACUUCUGCAAAAGUACAAAAUGGAAAGAGAUGAAUUGCAGGUCCUGCGUGAUAAUGCACUCAGGGUAGUCGAGGAGCUGAGAGAUAAACAAGCUGAGGAGGCAUCAAGUUCGUCUAUAUCUCAGUUUUUCUCGGUUUUCUCUUUUUCUGAAAUUGAAGAGGCCACGGGAAGCUUUAGCGAAGGCCUCAAGAUUGGUGAAGGGGGUUACGGAAGUAUCUAUAGAGGAAAUGUUCGGUGUACUCAAGUGGCCGUGAAAGUGCUACAUGCAAAUAGCUCGAAAGGACCUCUUGAAUUCCAACAGGAGGUAAACAUACUGAGUAAGCUGAGGCAUCCAAACAUAAUCACCCUCAUCGGAGCCUGCCCCGAGGCAUGGGCCCUCGUCUACGAAUACCUCCCAAACGGUAGCCUCGAGGACCGCCUCAACUGCAAAAACAACACAUCCCCACUCCCCUGGAAAUCCCGUCUCCGUAUAGCCUCCGACUUGUGCUCGGCCCUCGUCUUUCUUCAUUCCCGCCGCCCUCAACCCAUUGUUCACGGCGACUUGAAACCCUCCAACAUACUUCUCGACUCCAACUUUGUGGCCAAGCUAAGCAAUUUCGGCAUAUGUCGCGAGCUCCAAGAAAACGAGCUCCUCGCAAAUAACACGAAAGGGACGUUGGUGUACAUGGACCCGGAGUUUCUUGCUUCGGGUGAACUUAGUGUGAAAUCAGACGUGUAUUCGUUCGGGAUAGUGUUGCUGAGGCUUUUGACCGGGCGGCCGGCAUCGGAGAUCGCGAGGGAAGUGCAGUGCUCGCUGGAUAAGGGGAGCAUGAAGUUUUUGCUGGACCCCACAGCUGGGGACUGGCCGUUUGUGCAGGCGGAACAGCUGGCACACUUGGGAGUGAGCUGCACGGACGUGGACCCUAGGAGACGCCCGGAUCUUGUUUCGGAGGUGUGGAGAGUGCUCGAGAAUAUGAAGGCAUCGUGCUCAGGGUUUUGUUAUGGGGAGAAGGGCCAGGUACCGGCGUAUUUCGUGUGUCCCAUCUUUCAGGAAAUCAUGCAAGACCCAGUGGCUGCAGCAGACGGGUUUACUUAUGAGUCGGAGGCUCUCAAGGGAUGGCUUGAGAGUCAUGAUACGUCACCUAUGACCAACGAUAAGCUCGCAAACCAUGACUUUUUGCCCAAUCAUGCCUUGCGUUCUGCAAUACAGGAGUGGCUCGCAAAAUCUUGAAAAAUUUGCCUCAGCAUAUACAGUUUAUAUAUACUAUAUAUUGGUCAAUUUAUAAUUUUCUACAUUUUCUUGUAUGCUCGUAGAGGUCAACAUUAUAGGUCGAUGAUACACGUGUAUAGGUUGGCUCAGUAUGUCAAUAUGUCAUAGCUUUUGGUUGGGUUCUCUUUUUUGGUUUAUUGGCUUCUUGAUUUUGUAUGUUGUGUGAAAUCCAGACGGUUGGUUUGUGGCAUAUAUUUGUUAUUUAUGUACGAGCUUUAACGAGUUUCCAGUAAUCCAGUG